AAGAGAAAAUAUCAUUGACUAAUGACUCCUACCUGUUUUUCAAAUAUAACUUUCAUCUCUUUCUCAUCAUAUAAACUCAAAACCACUUUGCAUAUAAAUAAUUAAAUCAUCCCUUAUAUUACCAUAACCAUAAACCAUGGUAACAUCCAUGGUCAUAACUAUUUUUCUCUUCUUCCUCUUCUCUACUCAUCAUCACCUUCAUGUCACGUGCACCGUCACAACCAUCACCGCCACUACCACUCAACGCUUCAAACAAGCACCUAAAUUUUAUAAUUCCCCAAACUGCCCCUCACAACCCACCGACGCCACGUGCUCUGACGAAGCAGUCCAUGUCGCAAUGACACUAGACGUAAAAUACCUCCGCGGCUCCAUGGCCGCGAUUCUCUCCGUUCUUCAACACUCUUCAUGUCCGGAAAACAUCGUCUUCCAUUUCGUCACCGCCGCGUCAAAAUCCACAACCUCCACCGUUAUCCUCAAUACUACACUCACAAGCUCGUUCCCUUAUUUAAAAUUCCAAAUAUACCCCUUCGACGAUUACACUGUUUCCGGUUUAAUCUCAACUUCAAUCCGUUCGGCGCUCGAUUGUCCUCUCAACUACGCGCGAAAUUACAUGGCUAACCUUCUUCCUGAUUGCGUCCGGAAAAUAGUUUACCUUGACUCCGAUCUGAUACUCAUCGACGACAUUGCUAAACUCGCUGCGACGCCGUUUACGAACGACGCUGUCUUAGCUGCACCGGAAUACUGUAACGCGAAUUUCAGCAACUAUUUUACGCCGACGUUUUGGUCGAAUCCUUCCCUUUCGAUCACUUUUGCGAACCGUAAUGCUUGUUACUUCAACACCGGAGUUAUGGUUAUUGAUUUGAAGCGAUGGAGAGUUGGAGGAUAUACGGAAGAGAUUCAGGAAUGGAUGGAGCUUCAGAAGAGAAUGAGGAUCUACGAGCUUGGUUCGUUGCCGCCGUUUUUGCUUGUUUUCGCCGGGAAAAUAGUUCCGGUUGAUCACCGGUGGAACCAGCACGGGCUUGGCGGUGAUAAUUUUCGUGGGCUUUGUAGAGGCUUGCAUCCCGGGCCGGUUAGUCUUAUGCAUUGGAGUGGGAAGGGUAAACCGUGGGCCAGGCUUGACGCUAACCGUCCCUGCCCUUUGGAUGCUUUGUGGGGCCCUUAUGACCUUCUAGAAACACCUUUUGCUCUUGAGACCUAGCCCGGCCCGGCCCGUAUCAUAAUUUACUUUCUAUUUUUUUAUAUAAAAAAUAAACUCAAUUAUCUCAUAUUAGUUUCUAUUUUGAUUACAGAAACAAGUUAUGAUUUUAAUUUUGUUACAAAUGAGAUCAUGUACAAAAGAAUUACUUCUCAUGAUUGCAUCUGGAAUUAGUUAUGAUUUAGCUGUGUGUAAUAUGGCGGCUUGUUAUUGGGAAGUUGGCGCUGGAGUCACUCAUGGCUUGGCUUGCUAUAUAUAGCUUGUGCUUGUAUUGCAGUAUUGUACAGCCAGUGAGAUAAAUCUUUGUACUAUUUUCACCUUUUUCAUGGCAGUGAGUAAUGUAAUAGUUUACAACUUGACAAUGAAAUAGAAUGAACUAGAUUUUCAUGUGUUGUCAUAAAUAAAUGAUGAUUUUUUGGUAUUA